UUUGCCUUUCGGUCUUCAUUUAAGGUUCGGCACAACGUUAUCAAUGUGUUGAAGGCUAGGGUUAAUGUUAUGUUUCAAAUCAGUGUUUAAGAAUAUAAAUUGUAGAAAUAGGCGUGGUUUAUACAUUUAUGGCUGGGGUAAGUAGUGACGACUCAGUGGUACUGCUAGCGGAACACAAGCCCCCAUAUUGAGCUUGGCUGUGAGCAGUACGGUUGUAGUAAGCUGCACAUACCCAGGGAUGGUCUUCCUUUAAUGCAUGUAAAUUAGACACAGAUGGUAAGGGUACAGUAGGUGUUUUUAUUGAGGAACAGUGCAGCAUAACUUGUUGAGAGAUGUCGACGCGGUCGGAGAGAGAGAAAGCCCAGAAACUGAAUGAGCAGCAUCAGGCCAUUCUGUCCAAAAUGCUCCGAGAGGACGACAACAAGCACUGCGCUGACUGCGAGGCUAAAGGACCGCGAUGGGCGUCGUGGAACCUGGGGGUCUUCAUGUGUAUCCGCUGUGCUGGCAUCCACAGGAACCUGGGCGUCCACAUCUCCAGAGUCAAAUCUGUCAACCUGGACCAAUGGACCCAAGAACAAAUCCAGAGUAUGGUAGACAUGGGGAACAACAAGGCCAAACAGCUGUACGAAGCCCACCUCCCAGACACCUUCAGACGUCCACAGACCGACCAAGCAGUAGAGUUCUUCAUCCGGGAUAAGUACGAAAGGAAGAAAUACUACGACCAGAAUGGCCUCAAAACAGCUUCAAAGUCUUCUGAUGCCACUGCCUUCUCUACCUCUCCCGCCUCACAGGCUGCUGAGAAGAACAGACAGGAGAAGGAACGAGAGAAGAAGAAGAGGGAAAAGGACCUGGAGAAAGUGAACAGACCAAGCUCCUCUGAGAAGAAGAAGGCGGAGCUUCAGACAGACUCCAGAGCCAAUCCCAGGAGGACCCCCGAGCCGGCCAUCGACCUGCUCGGCCUGGAUGCACCUGCAGGUGGAGCUGCAACCAGUUCUGCUGCACCAGUCAGUGAUGAGGACAUCUUUGGUCCAAUGGUGUCCAACCCUCUGCCCUCCUCCAACAAUACUCAGGCAGUCUCCAGUGCAGCCCCAGGCGCCCCAGCAGUAGCGGCGUCCGCGGGGGGAUCGGGGGGCGCUGCUGGCCCCCAGGCUAAUCUGGACCUCUUCAGUGAGAAGAACAGUAGCAGCACCAAGACAGAGGAGGGGGCCAAGAAACCCCUCUCCAAGGACUCCAUCCUCUCCCUCUACAGCAACACCACAGUCAGCCCACAGCCUGCUGCCCCAGCUGCUGCUAUGUAUAUGGGCCAGCCUCCGAUGCAGCAGUUCCCCAGCCAGCCCUCCGGACAGCCUAACUUCCAGACUUACCCAGGAGUGGGCGGAGCUAUGCCACCCACAACCAUGACGGGCGGUGUUAUGCCCCAGGGAGGAGGAGCCAUGAUGGGGCAGAACUCUGGCAUGAUGGUCGGUAUGGCGAUGCCCAACGGCGGUUACAUGGGUAUGCAGCAAGGCAUGAUGGGGCCUCCGGGCGGAGCUAUGCCAGCGGGGGCGGGGACUCCCCAGAUGUACGCCGCCAUGCAGCAGCAGCAACAACAGCAGGGCCAGUGGAAUGUGAGCCAGAUGACCCAGCAGAUAUCGGGCAUCGCCAUGAGUGAUGGUGUGGCAGCGCCACCCGGCUUUGUUCAACCAGGUGCUCCCAUGGGUGGGGGGGUGGGUCCUCCCUCGGGCCAGACCCUCAGUACCCAGCUGUGGAAGUGAGGGAGGGGAGGGGGGAGAGUGGGAGAGGGAGGCAGAACCACCAUGUCACCCCAAAUAUCCUCCUCUACCCUCACUCACCAACUGCAAAACAGGAAACGACGCACAUGGGGCAAUCUAUGGACUGCUCCACUGUUCUCCCUCCUCCCCGUUUAUCAUUCCUUUAGAGACCCCUCUCUCCCUCUGUGUGCUGCAGGGGUGGAGUCUGGGGUGAAAACAGACUGGCAGCUGUGUGUUCAUCUCUUUACUUGGGACUUUUACUUCUUUUUUUCUUUUGUUAAAAAAACAACAUAUUGGCGAAAGAGAAAAGCUGCUGGACCAAUAAUACAAGCGUCUAAUAAUAAUAAUAUAUCAUUACCAGAACCGAUAGUGAGUAAAUAGAUAUUUAAAUGGAGAGAUAUGGAUAACAUGUUGGUGACCACCCCCACCCAUCAAUAUCAUGUGUGUAUAUUAUACUGUACUCCCCUCUGGGCAUUCAGAGCUCCUGUAGCAAGACAUUGUAUGAUCCAGUACUGUAUUACUGUAUGUGUGUGAGAUAUAGACCCCCCCCCCCAUUGAGGUUGUGUUCUACCAUUUACUGUGGUGUUUUGUUGUGUGCAGAACAAGAAGAAGCACAGUUCUGUCUGAUUGACACUACAAAGCCAAGCUGUACUGGGCUUGGCCUGGUUACGCAUCCACCAUAGUUGCUGGAAAUGACAGUGAAAAGACUAUAUCUGAGCCAGCACAGUAUGGUUCGGGGUGGCCAUUUAGUGUGAAUCGGGCAUUAGUUUGAGGCAAAUAAACCUGGAUGACAGUCGGUGGGGGCAGGGAGCUUACGUGGAAUAGGAGGGGGAGGGGACCAGAAUACGAGAAGAAAGAGAUGCUGCCAGUGAUGACAUAACGUUCCAGAUGAUUCAGGAAGUGUGUUGACAUUGGGAGCCUAAUGGAGCUGUCAGGGAUUGGAACAGUUGGCUUAACAUCACGUUUGCUUACUUCCCGGCCUCUAUGAUGACAUAAUCUCUGUCUAAUCCUGCUUUAUGUCAAUUUAUAGAUUCUAUAGUGGGGAAAGAAGGUGAAGAAAUACAGCAGGGGGAAAUGGGUGGUGCACUAGGAAUCAACAAACAAUAGAUCAAACACAGACAUUCCGUGUGUAGUUCUAAGUUGGAGAUGCUAUCCACAUACAGGGUCCCUGCCAUGUAAUAACAAGAGAACACACACUCAAGAGAACUCACACACACACACACACACACACACACACACACACACACACACACAAGAGAAUUCAUACACACAGCAUGUCCUCCAGGUUUAUUUCUAGUGGUGUUUACAUUUUCUGGUGCCUAGUACAGAGAGAAAUGUUAUUUCCGUGCAUUAAACAGUGAAUAGCCAUGACCUAUUGUGACCAUUUUUGUCCAAUGACUCUUUUAUUGUAAAGUUGUUUUUUUCUUUUCUUUUUCCUGCUUUUACAAGAGGGUCAUUUGGAAUAAAAGUUGUACUCCUGGG